AUAAUUUUGUAUGAUUAAAUUUUGGAACUUUGUGAUUAUGAAGACUUUUGGUUCUGCUAUUCUAAAAUGUGGAAAAGAUUUGUAAUUAUUCUUUAGGGUCGCUUUCGUUUUGUCUCAGUCCCCUCCCUUGGAUUUGGGACCCCACAAAGCCGUGUGUGCCUCUGUGGAGCUUCAUCCUAUGAUCUCAAGGAGAUGUUUCAAGAAUCAAUAUUGGCUGCAAAAAGGGAAAGACUCAAGUUACGCUUGGCUUGAUCUUUGAGCAAGUAAACGACUUUGGAGGACAAGGGUGUUGCCACAUUUGGACACUGAAGAUUUGGACUGUUCAGUGUUUAUAUCAGAGCCAGAUGGUUGAUGGAAAUUUUUUAGAAUUAUGUGUUCAGUUUGAGUUUCUUGAUCUGGGUUUGGCUUGCAAACGUUUAUGGUGAUCCGGAUUUGGCUGCUGGAGUGAUGUGGUGAUCAGCUCAAAACGAGCUCAUAGUCAAAGGAGUUAUGUCCAAAAGCUGUUACAGUGAUUUGAGCGUUUCCUUCUAAGGAAACCCUUCUUUGGGUUUUCUCCCAGAAUACUGUAUUUUUCUGGUCCAGUUAAGUGUCUGAGUUUUUUUUUUGUUGAAUAUUGAUGGAUAGAAUUUUCACAUUUUGAGAUAUUGGAAUCUGGGUUUCACAUAAAAUUGGAAACUUUGACACUGGGAUUCGCCCAAAGUUAUGGUUUCUGUUGGACAUUAUGAGGGUUUUGUGAAUUGUAUGAGAGCUUGAUGUGAAAUGGUGAGUGAGUGAUCCAUUGUUGAAUUUGGUUUUGGAUCAAUGGCAGCCACAUCUCCCUCUCAAAAUUCACCUCCUUCAGCCCUGCCACCGGCUCCUAGCACCUCCAGUUCAACUCCACCACCGCAGAGUUCUUCCUCUCCUCCUCCAACUCCUCUUACAUCUCCACCACUUUCUCAGCCCAACGCAAAUCCACCAGAUACCUCAAACUCUACUGUUACUUCUCCACCACCUCAGUCCCCUCCUCCUCCAACCACAUCAUCAACACCUCCACCACAACCACCUGUAGGAUCACCACCCCCAUUGGCACCAAAAGCAGCACCUCCGCCACCAGCUAAUGCCCCACCUCCCUCAACUUCUGGUUCAACACCUUCACCACCACCACCAACUUCUAAUCCACCAGUAAGUUCACCUCCACCACCAUCAUCCAACCCACCAGUGAAGUCACCUCCUCCGACAUCGUCAAAACCACCUGAAAGUUCACCUCCACCACCAUCAUCCAACCCACCAGUGAAGUCACCUCCUCCACCAUCGUCAAAACCACCUGAAAGUUCACCUACACCACCAUCAGCAAACCCCCCCAAAACUUCACCCCCGCCACCACCAUCAACUAAGCCACCUGGGAGUUCACCCUCACCUCCAGCGUCGUUACCACCCCAGAAUUCAUCUCCACCACCACCACCAUCAAAAUCUGUUCCUCCAACAAGUUCUCCUCCACCACCAGCAUCUGUUUCCCCUAAAAAAGCACCCCCUCCUCCAGCAGCAGUCUCCCCUGGAAAAUCACCUUCUCCACCUGCAUCAGUACCUCCCAGGAAUGCACCUCCACCUCCUCGGAUUACUCCAGCCCCGCCUAGUUCUGAUCAAGCACCACCUCCUGCAAAUUCUCCUCCGGGGUCAUCACCCCAACCACCUAAUACACAUCUAUCACCUCCUCCCAUGUCAUCUAUCUCUCCUCCGCCACCUUCUGGAGUUCCAAUUUCACCAUCAGAUAAUCGACCUUCAAACAAUUCAGGCCCUAGUGCAUCAGAAAGAGUAAAGUCCAAUCAUAAUGGAGGCAUUGGUACUGGAGGUGCAGCUGCAAUUGCUGCAGUGGUUAGCUUAAUUGUGCUUAGCCUCAUUGGAUUGGCAAUCUGGUGUGUAAGAAAGAAAAGGAAAAGGAUUUCAGGAAUUAGUGGUCACAUGAUGCCAUCCUCAAGUGGAUCUUCCCCCAAAUCAGAUUCAGCCUUCUUGAAGAUACAUUCUUCGGCGCCUCUUAUAGGAAGUGGCUCUAGCAAUGAUUUUGUGGAUUCUGCAUCAGAGGCUGGGCUAGGCAAUUCAAGGCCAUUGUUCUCAUAUGAAGAAUUAGUUAAGGCCACAAAUGGAUUUUCAGAUGAGAAUCUUUUGGGCGAAGGUGGAUUUGGCUCUGUGUACAAAGGAUGCCUACCAGAUGGGCGAGAUGUUGCAGUGAAACAACUAAAGAUUGGUGGAGGUCAGGGGGAACGAGAAUUCAAAGCAGAAGUCGAGAUUAUUGGUCGUGUUCACCAUCGUCAUCUGGUUUCACUAGUAGGCUACUGUAUUUCUGAAAAUCGCAGGCUACUUGUCUAUGACUACGUCCCCAAUAAUUCCCUUUAUUUCCAUCUUCAUGGGCAAGGCAGGCCUGUACUAGAGUGGCUGGUACGAGUGAGGGUUGCUGCUGGUGCAGCUCGUGGCAUUGCCUAUCUUCACGAAGACUGCCAUCCUCGGAUUAUUCACAGGGAUAUCAAGUCAUCGAACAUUCUUUUAGACAGCAAUUUUGAAGCUCGGGUUUCAGAUUUUGGGCUUGCGAAACUAGCUCUUGAUGCAGAUACACAUAUAAGUACACGUGUUAUGGGGACCUUUGGAUAUAUGGCCCCUGAAUAUGCAUCCAGUGGCAAAUUGACUGAGAAAUCUGAUGUAUACUCUUUUGGGGUUGUGCUUCUGGAGCUGAUUACUGGACGGAAGCCUGUGGAUGCAUCGCAACCCUUGGGUGAUGAGAGUCUAGUUGAAUGGGCUCGACCAUUGUUAGGUAAUGCACUUGAGAGUGGGGAAUUUGAUCACCUGGUGGAUCCAAGGCUUGAGAGGAACUAUGUUGAGAGUGAAAUGUUACAGAUGAUUGAGAUUUCAGCUGCUUGUGUGCGACAUUCAUCGACCAAGAGGCCUCGGAUGGGACAGGUUGUUAGAGCUUUCGAUAAUUUAGUAGCUUCGGACCUAACCAAUGGAAUGAGAGUAGGGGAAAGUGAGGUAUUCAAUUCAGCGCAGCAGUCGGAAGAAAUAAGAUGGUUUCAGAGAAUGGCAUUUGGCAGUCAAGAUUACAGUACAGAUUUUUUCACUCAAGGCAGCAUGAAUAGUAGAGAGAGCAGAGUAAAUGAAGCAUGAGAAACUUUCAUUUUUAGUCCAAAGGUUUUUUUUCUUUUUUCUUCUUUUUCUUUUUUUUUUGUUAGAGAUAUCUCAGCUCUCACAUGCUAAUGUGCCUGUAACCAGAACAUCAGAGGUAGAGGCCAAAAUCCCAGAGUCAUAUUCCUGUAGUUGGGUCAUACAGAGGAUCAAAUUUUUUGUCCUGUAAUUACUGAAAUUUUAUUUUUUGCACCAGCCAUCAUGGUGGUCUCUUCUAUGUAAUUUUGACACAUAAUUAUCUGUACAGAAGAAGCAAUUUCAUGCUUCUCUUUUUUUUC